AGUAUGGUGAACUUUCGCUCACCACCAAUCCCGCCUACAGCCUCUACAAUACACCACAACGCGCGCCUGCUGCCCAACGCCCAGUCUAUACCGCGCCACCACCACUACUCUCCACACGCACUCCACCCAACAUUUACACGCGCAUACCCGGUCGCUCUUACCUGCCCGCCUAUGAGACGCGCACCUCACCCACCUCCCCCUAUGGGUCGACAACCACUUGCACCAUGCCACUACUGGGCGGUCAAUCGAACGGCUCCUUGCAGACGAAUAGCAGCACACAGGGCAGCUGCUCGGGUGGUGUAGGCGCCGCCGGUGUUUGCGGCAGUCUUACUAGCAACGCUAGCAGCGGCAUGCAUUGUAAUACACUACCCCAUCCAGGCGCCUUGCAGCAUCACGCCUCGAUGGCGGCCGCAGUCGCAGCGAUGGCUUCGAUGGCAACAAAUGGUAUACCAACCGCGCUCACCUCAUCGAUGACAUCGGGGAAUAUUAGUCUCGCCGCAACACAAACGCUGCUCACCUCACCGCGCACGCACAAUGCAGCGACCGGUGGCGGCAUGGGUGCGCUGUCGCUAAGUGGCAUAAAUAUGGGCACGGGUGCGGUAGCGGGUGCCGGUGUGGGUACGUGUGCGGGUGUUGGCAUGGAUACGACAGCAAUGUCGUCCGCUACAACAACGUCAGCCGGCACACCGCUGCUCAACUCAUCAUCAGCGCUGCUGGGUAGCGGCAACUAUGAGACAGUGGGCUCAUGAGAAUUACCGAAAGAGGACAUUAAGUGUCAGUUUGUAUGCAUCGGUGGGAGCAGUACGUGUACGAGCAACACGGAGCGCACCACAAUCGUCUAGUGUGACAAUCGCUAGGAAGGGGAGCCGGCAGGAGGAGGAGCUGAUGCCAAAAUUGGCGCAUUGUGUAAAAACUUGUAAUUUAAAUAUUUAGUAAGUGAGUAUGUUUAUUUUAAGCAUUUCGUUUAAAAUUUUUUCGCUAAAAAGUUACAAAUCAAUGCUGAGUUGCGGAAUUGAAAAUUUCGUUGUAUUCGCUUAACGCUACCUAAGGUAAAAGCCGGCAAGCUUAAUUCAGGCAUUUUCAAAAGAAAAUAUAACAAUUUCUAAUUUUUACGAAUAUUUUAAAUUAAGAAAAAAUAAAUGUCUAUUUUUGAAAUAUUUUUUUUCUUCAUAUACAUAUAAUUUUUCGGCAUAGUGGCAUGAGUAUGUAUUACGAUUAUAUUUUCUGAAAAUAGCCUGAGAAGAUUUCUAAUUUUUAAGUCAAGGUGAACAAAAAACAACAAGACUUCCAAACGAAAUAAAUCGUGAAGCGCUGGUGGAACUGGCAGCCAUGUUGUAUGUAUGUAUUGUAGUCCAUGUAGAGUAAUUCACUUAGAAUUAGUUAGUAUACGAAAUUAGGCUUAAAAAAUGAAAAAGUAAAAAAUAAGGCAUAAAAUGAAGUACCUACGCGCAAAACUUAAUUAGUUUGUAUCAUAAGUAUAUACAAAUAUGUUACUAAAUACAGGGUCCUGAAGAUGAAUAGGCACACGACAAUUUAACCGGUUUCGGUUAGUUUUCCUUUGCUAAUUCAGUGUUUAUUAUUUUUUUAUGUUCAAAUUUUUAACUUUGUACAAAAAUUAAGAAAAUUCAACGAAGUUGCAUCAAAA